AGACACUGAAUAGACAGAGAUUUAGUUUGCCAAGUGCUUAGUUCACUUUUGAGACAUUGCUUGCUCAUGUAUGCACUUGGCAUUUGGCCUUGUAACUCUCUAUACAAAUGAAACAUGGAUUUUGGAUUGUUUCUCAGAACUGAUGCGAUGAGAUAAACUGUAAUUUAGCCUCAAAGAGAGAUUUUCAAUCCGAUUCAAUCCAUGAACCAAUUAGACAUAGACUUGCCCAUGCAUCAUGUCACGCCGGAAACAGAAAAGACCUCAGCACUUUUUCAGCCCCAUCCUCAACACUUCGUGGCUACUUCAACAUGAGGAACACCUGGCAGUGAAGUCCCUAACCUCUACUCUUGCAAAGAACUCUUCCUCAUACUCGACACCUCAAAACUGCAAAUCUACUUUAAACCCAACUCCACCAAUUGAGAGGCUAACAGCACCUUCCCUGACCAGAGCCAGCCAUAGUGUUGUUCACAUCCCUUGUCAGCCCUUACAAUUAACUCUAAAUCUCAAGGGGUCUCACCUUUCCUAUAUUCCUGACAUCCCAUCCCAUUUGACUUAUCAGUGCAUCAAGACCACUGCACCAACUGUGUCUACUCACAAACACAGUUGCUCACUCAUGGCUUCUCCAAAGUUAGGUGUGUCAGCAACCACAACCUCCUCUUCAUCAUCCUCUGUUGCUGCUUCUCUCUGUGUGCCUCCCCAUCCUGGAAGCCCAGUUCUGGGCCUCAGGGUCCCCCAAGUCCAGUUACACCCUCUUCCAGCCCAAGCACAGUCCCUUCAGCUCCAGCAUGUGCACCAGUCAGUAUUGCUUUUAUCUUGGAAGAGCUACGUGUGCUGCAACAAAGACAAAUCCAUCAGAUGCAGAUGA